CAACUUACUCUCUGUUCUCCUAUAUUUAUCUCUUUACUAUGUUUUUCCACACCGCUAUAAAAAACAAAAAAUGCCACGUCGAACUAUUACUGCCACCGAGCGCCGACAUGCAAGGAUGAUAUUUUUGCGGAAUAGGCGAAAUUUUUUUUUUCCUGUCUGAAAAACCAGAGCAAAAGGUUUGUCUUCGUCGUAGUAAUCCAUGAGUGUCAGUUUGGCGCGUUACUUUCUCCAUUUGGGUGUCUCCUCAAAAACUGCGAGUACCAGAACUAGAAGCUAUGGUUUUCUACUUUUAACCCCUAAGACAGCAAGACGAACCACAGCUGCCAUCCACACAGACAAGCCCCAGAAACCGAGUCGGGAGGAGCUGUUGGUGGUAGUAGGGGGUGGAGCUGCUGGAGUUUAUGGAGCAAUUAGGGCAAAGAAUGUUGCUCCUAAUCUUAAUGUGUUGGUCAUUGAGAAAGGAAAGCUUUUAUCAAAGGUAAAAGUUUCUGGGGGAGGAAGAUGCAAUGUCACAAAUGGCCACUGUGCUGACAAUUUAGUUUUGGCAGAUCAUUAUCCAAGAGGUUACAAAGAAUUGAGAGGAUCUUUUUUCAACAUGCAUGGCCCUGUGGAUACCAUGUCCUGGUUUGUCGAUCAUGGGGUGGAAUUGAAGACUGAGGAUGACGGAAGAGUGUUUCCUGUCACCGAUAGUUCUUCUUCUGUCAUUGAUUGUCUUAUAUCUGAGGCAAAGUGUAAGGGAGUUUCUCUACACACUGGAAAAGUUGUGACAUGUGCAUCUGCUAGUGCUAGUGGGAAAUUCCUUCUCAAGGUAGAGAAGCGUAGCCUCAACUUUGUUGAACUUGUUGAAGCUGAUUACGUAUUGAUAGCUAGUGGAAGUAGCCAGCAGGGUCAUAGUCUUGCAGUUCAACUUGGUCAUUCCAUUGUAGACCCAGUACCAAGCUUAUUCACUUUUAAGAUUGAGGAUUCACAAUUGACAGAGUUGACAGGGGUUACAUUUUCAAAAGUUAUUGUGAAGCUGAAAUUAGAAAAUGUGCAAAGGAACAUCCCUCAACUUACCCAGGUUGGCCCCAUGUUAGUCACACACUGGGGUCUCAGUGGACCAGCAAUUCUUCGGCUAUCUGCUUGGGGUGCCCGGCAUCUGUAUAGUUCAGGUUACAAAGGGAAACUAAUUGUGGAUUUUGUACCUGAUUUACAUAUAGGAGAUCUAAAAUCCAUGCUGAGUCAACAGAAAAAUAGGUUUGCGAAACAAAAGGUGCUCAAUUCAUGUCCUACAGAAUUAAGACUUGUCAAGAGAUUUUGGAAAUAUAUAUUGGACCGUGAGGGUUUAGUUGGAGAUACCUUGUGGGCCUCCGUUUCAAAUAAUUCUUUAAUUUCAAUUGCUCAUAUUUUAAAGCAUUGCACGUUUGAAGUGAAAGGGAAGGGCCAAUUUAAGGAUGAAUUUGUCACUGCUGGAGGUAUCCCACUGUCAGAGAUCCAUCUGAAUACAAUGGAAAGCAAAAUCCAACCAAAUCUAUUCUUUGCUGGAGAGGUACUAAAUGUUGAUGGGGUGACGGGUGGUUUCAAUUUCCAGAAUGCUUGGUCUGGUGGUUACAUUGCUGGAAGUAGCAUCGGGUCCUCGCAUAUGACGUGGAAGGAGAGGAAAGAGAUGGAGAAUAGGAAGGUGGUUUCUUUGGGUGGAAAGCCACCUAAGAAGCAGAGAUUACCAUUAAGUGUAGCUAGGGUGGUCAUGAAGAAGCAAAAGGAAAGAGAAGAGAAAAUGCUGAAAGAGAAUAUGAUUCUUGGACGAUUUGGAGGGAAACUUGGUGGUGGUGCUAAAAGAUCAGCAGACAAGCAGAGGCCUGAGGACAGGGUUCUGAAGUCCAGUGAAGGUCAUUUUAAAAAUGGUGUACUUGAUGUGAAGCAUUUGUUUCAGAAGGCUCCUCCUAAAGACAAUGACUUUGAUGGCCAUGGGGUUAAUAAAGGGAAAAGGAAAAAGGGAAGUGGUAAGAAGAACCGAGGAAAGAAGAAAGGUGGUGGUGGUGGUGGUGGUGGCAGCAGGAAGCGCCGGUGAAUAAGACAUCUAAUCUAAGAAGGUUCACCCUUGACAAUGCCAGUUUUGGAUCUCAGACACUGUUAGAAUGGCCCUCUCGCGGGCUUCCACAAAUUGUCAUAGUUGGAAUAUGAUCUAUCAUUGUAUACUAAAGCUCUUUUCUGUUUCAAGCCCACAAGUAUGCAGAAGGCAUGCCUAGAUAGCGGCUUGAGAAUCUAGGAACGACCUGUUGUACUGAUUUUGAGGAGAGUUUGGUAGUUUCAUGAUUUGUUUGCAUAAUUUGUUCACAACCAAGUGUUGGAUAUUAUGCAUAUGAGAUCUCUCAAAUCUCCUUUGUUAUGUUUUUACUCUGUUCCCAGGAGGAUGUAUCAUGAGAGAAUUAAGCCCACAUAAAAAGGCUCAAAUUGUUGCUAUUGGCAUUGUUUGAUUCA